CCAGCCGCCUUGGUGGGGCUGUUCAAUUGCCGCUCACGUAGAUCAACGGUUGUAAAUACCCGCCUCCAUCGCACCACAUUUGCCGCUGCUUGGUAUCCGCGGGCCCCAUAACCAAACUUCCUGCCCGUGGCGUUCUUUAUAGUUUUUGCUCUUUGGUGCAGCGUUGCCCCAGCUGUGUUGUCACGAUUACUUCGUCACAGCAGCAAGCAAGGCGGGUUGUGCUGCUCCUGUUCUCGCCGAGCGGCCGCGGCGGCAUUCCUGUAGGACACGAUGGAGGACGACGAGGCCGACACGAGGGCGUUCUGGGACCUUGUGCAACGCACGACGGGCGCCCGCUCUGCGUCCUGGGACACUUUUUCGGCUACAUUUGAGACCUACUUGCGGAGACAUUACGCGGCGGAGAUGUCGCAGCUACCCAGGGCCACCAGGGCGGAGGCGGAGAUGGUCCUGAGGUACGCCUUCGACAGGGGGAGCCCGGCGCGGGCGGCUGCGGGAGAGCGUGUGGCACCGAAGCACCUGGCGCUGUUCCUGACCAGAUUCGGCCCCAUGAAGUCUUGCCUUAUCAAGGCUGCAAGAUCACUUUUUGACGAAUCCGGCUGCCUGGUGCCUUGGUUCCAUGGCAAGUUGUCACGGGAGGAGGCUCGGCGUGCCAUCGAGGAGUGGGAGGCGUCUCGCGGCAACGGGCGGGAACAACGGGGCGUGUUCCUCUUCCGCUACAGCGAUUGGCAUUCGACCAUCUGCUUCUCCUUCCGACGGAAGAAGGGCGAGAGGAGGCUGGUGACCUGCCUCAUCAACAACGAGGGUCGAAGGGGUUACACGCUUCCCGACACGAGCGGCGACGGCUGCUGGCGAGACCUCCGGGAGUUCGUGGCGGAGCAGAGGCGGGGAGACUUCCGGCACCCGGUGCCGUCGGCGUUGCACCGGGAGUGCGUGGAGGAGAUCGAGGCAAGACGGCGAGCUGAGCAGUUCGUACCAACGCCGGAGAACCAAAUCGCCCACGCUCGACAACUGUUCGGAGAUGCGCAGACGAUGGUGUACAGCAGAGACAGAGACAUGAAGGCGGGGUUCGAGGCGACGCGGAUACUGGAGGGGGCCCUAGGCUUAGUCGAGAAGGUGGAGCAUAUAUUGCGAGAGCUGGAGCAGGACCAGGGGGAUCCGCAGCUGCAGGCGAAGGCGUUAAGGCUGGGGGGGGAUAUCCUGUGGAAGCUGCACCGGGAGGAGGAGGGGGUGGCUAGCUACCUGCGGUGCCUGAGCGUUGUGUCGGAGGCGGAGAAAGUCCCGGACGCGAGUCACGACGGCAGCCCCGUGGUGACCAUCAGCGUGCUUAGCCACAUCCAUCAGUUGCUGGCCGAGUACUUCCUUUCGAGGGGGUGGCACGAGAGGGGCCUGGACCACUUUAGCGAGCUGGUCGCCUGUACAACGGACGAGGAUGCGCGACAGCAGCUGGUGGACGACUUUCGAAGAAACGAUGGCUUUCGGAGAGCGACGGCGGGCCUCACCCAGUCGAGUGUUCAGGAAGUGCUUGACGAGGGCAUCUCGUAUUUCCGAUGUCAAGACUACGGACCUGCCGGCGUUAGGUUCGAGAAGGUGCUGCGCAACGCCAGGUGUAUCGGGGAGGGGAGGAUGGAGGCACGAGCGCUGGGGAACUUGGCAACGGUGGACUACAAGACGCACCGCAUUCCGGCGGCGAUCCGAAGGUACCGAACGUGCGUGCAGCUGCUGAGACAGCAGGGGAAUCAGGUCACAGAACGGAAGAUUCUGAACUACUUGGUCAUGUGCUGCAUCGAGGCGCAGAGGUGGGCGCCCGCGAAGCUUUUUCACGAGCAGCUGUCGAAGCUGGCGGAGAGCGAGGAAAAUGUCCUGCACCUGGCGCGACUGCAGGAAAGAAUAGAAGAGGGGAUGGCUUUGCAGGCACGGCAAGAAGGGGAUGCUGCUCCGGCUAGUAGCGGCGGGGGCGGUGGCGGGAGCGGAAUCGGGAGUGGGAGCGGUGGCGGGUUCCCGUUGCAGCAAGGCGAGACGACACCGACUAGAGACGGCGGCGGCGGGGGCAGCAGCGGGAUGUACUUACAAGGGGGGGCCGCACCGGCUAGCGGGGUUGGCGGCGGUGACAGCGAUGAUCCGUACUUACCCUUCCAGCCAGGAAGGAUCACACCGCCUAACUCCGGUAGCGGUCGCGGGAGCAACGUGUACUCACACUCGCGGUUACCAGGGGCCUUGCCGGUUAGCGGUGGUAGAAUUGGCGGCGGUGGUGCGUACUCCAUGCACCAAGGAGGGAGCACACCGCCUGGCUCUGGUAGCGGUGGCGGCGGCGGCGGUGGCGGUGGCGGUUGGUACUUACCCUCGCAGCAAGGAGCGACCACACCGACUAACGGCGGCAACAGUGUUCGCGGCGACGAGUACUUACCCUCGCGGAUACCUGGGGCAGCACCGACUAGCAGCGGUAGCGGUGAAGCGAGCGGUGUCGAUGUUUCGCACUUACCCUUGCAGCAAGUAAGGAUCACAUCGCCGAGCACCAGCCACAGCGGUGGCAGCGGCAUGCACUUACCCUCGCCGUUACAAGGAGCGCCGGCUCGCGACGGUAGCGGUGACGCGAGUGGUGUCGAUGGUCUGUACUCAACGCCGCGGCAUCACGUGGCGGCAUUGGCUAGCGGCGGCGGCGGUGUUGGUUUACAUGCUUACACUCAGCAAGCACCCAUGACAGGCGGCAGCGGUUUCGGUUUCCCCAUGCAGCAACGGGGAGCCCCGCCAGCAAGAAGAGGCGGCCACGACAGCUUUUAUAUGCUACCCCAGCAGCCAGGGGCAGCGCCGAAGGGGACCCAUCGCAUCGGUGGCGGAGAGUUGUACUUCCGCCCUCAGCAGCACGGGGCCACGCAGGAGGGGGUCUACGGUGGCGUGUAUAUACCCCGUCAGCCGCAAGGGGCCGCACCGGAGGGGGUCCGUGGCAGUGGCCGCAGGGCCGGAGGCGUGUGUAUCAGCCCGGAGCUAGAAGGACAGGCCUCGCCGAUCGGGAGGCGGGGCGAUGGCCACCGCGGCGGCGGCGUUGGUGCCGGUGUUGGAGGGGUUAGGGACGACUACGUGAUGGUGUCGCCGGAUCGCCCGCCCCCGGUUCCUCAGCCUGAUUACGGUCCAUACAGCAGCCGAUGACAGGGCACUCGAGAGUAGGUGUCAAAGACGACGAGAUAUACCGGCGGAGGGGGUGGGGUGGCACUGAGGCUUGUUUGUUAGAGGUCGUGUUAUUUUUUUUAGCUCUCGUGGAGGGUGCGCACGCGUGGUGGGUGGGUUGUACUCUCUAACGCUUUCAAGUGACGGGGGACGCGAGCAGUCGGAAGGGCGCUGGGGAGGGGGCGUACGCGUGAAGUCGCUGCGCGAAAACAGAGGGGCGGUGAUUUGGUCGCCGCACUACGAACACGGACUGCUGCACAGAUUCUGACUAGGAGGCGGUUGACAUGAUAUUCUGGCAACUUUUUUUUUUUUGUGAGCACCGUCGUCCAGGUCUUUGUGUAGUUUUGGGCACCCUUAUCGGCGGCGUUCUUUAAAGCUUUGUUUUCGCCAGGCGUCCGUGUGCUAUUAAUAUUAAUACAUUAUACAUGAAUCGCUGUUUUUCUUGGAGAGUAGCUUUGGUUGCCUGUAAUUGUUGCAGAUUGUUCCGGCGCAUUGGUGGUAGGUUGGAACGCGCCUGCCGGUGGUUCCCCCCGAUGUGCGUGUACGACGUUUGUUUUUGUUUGGUUUCGUUUUCUUGUUUUUUUCAUGUUUUGUGCAAGACGCCGGUUUUAUAGACUUACUCGCAGCGAAAAAUUCUUUUGUGGAUUACAGGCCCCAUAGUAGUGCGGGACGACUUCCGCUUGUUGUGCGCCGCCUUUUUGUAUUAUGUACUUGCCCUGCAAGCAUCCAUGAACUGUAGUAGGUGGUUGUUUCGCGGCUAACCGUACAUCUUGGUGUGCUUGCCGCCCGUGUUUGUACACAGCGACUGGAAGAGGAAGUCAAGGCGAUCAUUCUGUGAGGUCGAUACGAUGACGAUAACUUGUUACUAUGAGGAGUUCGUUCCUCUACACCCGUAGCCGGUAGAGUCGUCUGCGUUGACCAACAGUAACCCACCUACAUUUGAUUUGUUAGGUUUGUUGUGGUUUGUUUUGCCCUCAUUUGCCGUCGCCCAGGAGAGAAAUCGAGGUAGGCGAAAUGAUGCUGCAGUACAUAUCUUGUUUGCGGCCCCCCUUGUGUUGGGGCCGAACUCACAAGUUUCCAAUUUCACGCGAAGAUGGUGGUCUACAGUAGUAGUAUGAGGCGGUCAGCACGCGCGGGUUCGCGUGGCGUGCUGUGGUGGAGAGGCUAUGUAGUGCCUGCUACCUUGCCUUACCUGCCACACACAUUCUUCAACAUGUCGUUCGUGCGGUCCUUCGCCGAUCGGAUUCAAGGGCCGCCGGAUGAGGCGAGCUCACGUACGUGCACUUGCCGAGAAGAGACGACGAAGAGGUACCAAUUCACAGAGGAUUGCCAAGUGGUGUGCGAGAAAGCCGACGAGUAGAAUCUGAAGCCCUCGCGUGGAUCAUUUAGCUGCUCGGGUGUCUCGACGUGCAUCAACCAAUCAAUGUUCGUUCACGUCAACCCGUUUGGUGCGGAACAUUCUGCCACCGUUCGGCGGCUCGUGGUACAGCUAAGGUGAUAUGUCCCCAAACACAAACAACGCAUGCUGCUACACUGAAUUCUGCCUUUUUAUGAAGCCUCUGUCACAAUGGGCCCUUCGUGAAACCGUUGUCGCCUUGCAGGGUGAUGAGGGGCUUAAUCAUCCAAUCCGAAAGCCCAUUUGGAAGUGUGUGUGGGCGUCGAUGGCAGGAGUGAGUGGUGCACGGGAUCUUGGGAAAGUUGUAGGGGCUCCGGCGAAAUAUAUACACGUACAAUAGUAGGCACCAGCGAAUCCGGGCUGUGGGUUCCCCCGCAAUGUUUACAUGGCACCAUCGUGCCGCCCCAGCACCACACGACGGACGCCGUGCGCCUUCCGCGAUGAGGUUAACAGCGAUGAGGUGUACGUUCGGAGUGCUGCUGCUGAUUUCUCCAGGGGCCCUACGCGUUAGAUCGGUGGCACAUGUGUGAGUCAUUAUGUCAAAUUUCGCUUCGCUGGUGUCUGAUGUACUGCAGUACCGCGCCGUAACAUACAGCAGUCGACCCCGCAUGAAGGAAACAUAUGGUUUUGCUUCGAAAAAUGUUUCCUUAACGCGGGGAAGUUUCCUUAAACUUCAGGGGAUCAGAACACACCAUCCCCGGGGUCAAUGGUGGCGGUACAUACGUCAAAAGGUGCGCCCUGGGCAGGGCAUUGUUGGAAUAAAGAAAGAGGCUGAGCGUCGGCGAGAAAAUAAUUGUUUAUUGCUGAACACCACCGCACAGCACGGAAAAUACCUGAUGGACACUUGAAAUUCACCUGGUGACUCUUGUUUACCUCUAGGGGAGCGCACGCAAAAACUCUCCUGCGUAACUCUCUACUGGAGCGCCAUCAGACACAAGCACACAAUACGGCGUAUGACCGACAAACCGCAAACACUCAACGCUACGACUUCCCCCACAUAUCGCGAAGAGUUGCCUGCAGCUCGCCCCCCUCCUUGGACCUGCGCUUGACUUGUGUUUCAUUCGUGAACGAAUGCACCGUUUUCGAAAGGAGGUGCUGGGUUUCGCGAUAUUCGCCAUCCUUUCCAUUGGCGUACAAAUAGGAGCGAACACUCUCUAAGCUAGCGCGGACCUGAGCCUCUGUCAUUGAAGAUGUAACACACGAGGCUAGCCUAUCCCCGCCAUCUUCGUCGUCAGAAGAGGCAUCAACCUCCAAGUUUGCCAUGUUCUGUUUCUCAAUCUCCAGUUCCAGAGCUACCUCGUCUUCCAACACGCUGGGGCUAUCUUCACGGAAAGCCACGUCUUAAUGCCUUUCGCACGUCUACAUCAGUGAGGCCCGAGUUCUUCUCGACAAACAAAUUG